AUGUCAGGUAAGAGGCGUGCAAAACCGCGAACCUGAAGGCAACCAGCACUAGGUUCCUACUUCCGCCGCCUCCGCGAAGCAGCAUCACCUACGCCGAUGCGGCGCCGGCGCCCUCGCCGCGCUUCGGUGGCUCCGAAACAUCCCCUCCGCUGCCCCCGCUUCGGCUCCGGCGACCUGGCGGUGCCCCUGCCCUCCUCGGCGGCUAUACUCCACCGCUGAGAUUAACCUGCAGCUGCUUGCGAACCUGGUGGAGAUCAUGGAGCAGAGAAUGAAGUUGAUCGAGCAGAGGAGCACAUAUCUCCAGGAGCGAAUCAACCAGCCAGCCGCCUUGCCCGAAGAGUACUCGAGGGCUAACAAGGAGUUCUGCAAGCUGGAGGGGACGUUGGAGUUGACCAUGGAGCUGAGAUUGAAACGGGAGGAAAUUGAGGGUUUGAAAUCUUUGGUAACAAACGCACGUGAAGAGAAAGACAUGCGUGAGAUGGCAGCUGAGGAGCUACUUGAGGCUGUCAAGGAGGAGAAACGAUUGCAACAUGAGCUGUUUAGAUCAUUGCUUCCAAAAGAUGAAGCAGAUGAGAGUAAUUGCAUAUUGGAGGAACUGGAGGAGAAGAGGCAUCUUUGUUUGCAAUGGAUAUAUUCAAAAUGUAGGCACGAGAAAUAUGCCCAGAAGAAUGUUUGGAAAUUUGAUGUUAUUGACAUAAUGGAGUCUGCUUUGAAAGGAUACAAGCGAGUGCCAGUAAUAGAGAAGUCUGGACGGGUGCACACCAGUGCUGUAUCAGCAGCUGUUCUUCCUCAAGCUGAUGAGGUUGAUGUCCAAAUGCGGAAUGAGGACCUGAGAAUUGAUACCUACAGAUCAGGUGGCUCUGGAGGCCAGUCUGUCAAUACAACUGAUAGUGCUGUUAGGAUAACUCAUGUUCCAACUGGAACAGUGGUUGCAAUCCAAGACGAGAGAUUACAGCACAUGAACAAGGCCAAAACAACUGUAUGAGAUGGAAAGGCAUAGACUCCAUAUGGACCGAUCAAAGCUUCGAUCGGAGCAGGUACCUAUAAUCUGAAAUUGAAAUUUCUGACUCACGUAUUAACCGAUGGUUUUCCAGGCCUAGCAGAUUGGAAGUGGUGACAGGCCUGAGCGAAUCAGAACAUACAACUUUCCAGAGGGCCGUGUCACUGAUCAUCGUGUUGGAAUCACGCACCAUUCCAUAGCAGAUGUUAUGGAGGGGGAGAGCCUCACUCCUGCUUCAAGAAGAUAUGGACGCAAUUGCUUCAUUUGCUGCAUAACAAGUUAACAACUAAUUUGAUGAACUCUUUCAACAGUGAACUAUGUCAUGAACAAAAUAGAGGAGACCAAUGAACCAUACAUAACACUGAAUCAGCGAAGACAAGAUGAACCUCCAGAAGACAAGAUGAACCUCCAGAUUUGUUUAUGCAUUAUUUUUCUGUUUUGUGAUCUGUAGCUUUGCAUGAUGCUGAAUUUUGAUGUAGACAUAUGUAUUGCUGUGUUGCUCAUUCAAUUCUUCCAAAACUGCAAUUGUGCUGACAUAUUUUUUUUCCUUCAUAAACGUGUUGUGCCCCAACCUAUUUGUCGGCCACUGAUUUUGAAGUGGUUCUCACUUCAGUGUAAGUUAAAUGGGGAUAUGCAUAACAGUGGAGUUUAUCUACAUUUUAAUAUCUUGCGCAUCCUAUUAUGUUAUGGUUUGGUUCCAUGGCAUUCCUUG